CACACACGCACGGACGCUCAUAUAGGAGGAUCCCAGCAGAGCAGCGGGCAGUGAACGGCGGAGCGCGCAACCGGACCAGCUCGUUAACUUGUAAGCUUCCUAUUUUUUGUCCCCCUCUCAUUCUCGGGCAGCUUCAGCAGCAGAAGAGCAGCAGUCAGGCAGCCUCAGACUGGUCGUCAUCGUCUGUUUUACUCCGGAGACUGCGGAUUUUAUCCCUGAUCGUUUCCAGUGGAUACCGACAGCGCGCACCGCCUCCCGAUAAACAAAGUGUACGGACAUUAAGUCUGCUGUUAUUUGUGUCAUAGCUGGGAAAUAAAGAAUCCUCUACCCGUGUGUCGGUCUCUGCACCGGUCAGACUUGGAAAGAGCAACAGUCUCCAGCGGCGCAUCAGUGAGGUAGAAAAGCCCUACAUCAAGCUGCAGCCAUGGAUGAGAUGGACCUGCCCCAGAUGAAGAAGGAGGUGGAGAGCCUCAAGUACCAGCUGGCCUUCAAACGAGAGAAGUCCUCCAAAACAGUGACUGACUUGGUAAAGUGGAUAGAGGACGGCGUCCCAGAGGAUCCCUUCCUGAACCCGGAGCUGAUGAAGAACAACCCGUGGGUGGAGAAAGGAAAGUGCAUCCUUCUGUAGAAGAAACCAACCACUCUACCAUGACCUUUCAACUUUAACCGCCCUGACCAACACACACCUACAGAUGACCCCUGAACCCGACCCUCCUGGUCCGGCCUGUGAAGGCCACAGCCGGGCAGCGCCUCCUAACCUCUCACCAUGAAUGUACAACAGCUGAUGUCCCCCAACUUCACCCGAACACACACCCCAACAAGGGCACAGAAAACACACUGACCGAGACAUACACUCACACACUAUCACUCCUAACUUUGGGGUUUUCCCCGACUGCCACAUAUUCACUGCAAGUUUAUUCCUGCCACGGCAAUGCAUCAUUACUAUGAUAUAUGACAAUGAUGAUCAAUACUCUUAUUACAUGUCUCUAUAUGGAUAUAUGAUGACUUAUUUAUGCAGCUGAUAGUCACACGCUUUCUCUUUUCAAUCACUAUCUCUACUCUCAGUUUUUUUCUCCUUACAUUUUUGAUUAAUUGUAAUAAACUGUAGAGUCACAACUCUCACUGCCAGACCGUAGAUCUGCUGGGGUAAUUUGGUUCUGUGUCGACAUACGAAGCACUUACAAAAUGCUCACUAUAAUAACACCAAAACAAAUCUUUGGUACUUGUUCAAUUGGAGGUUAAUAGAUUGUGCAAGUCUGUGGUUGACAAAAUAACCUCUUUAAAGUUGUUAGCACCUCAUUAAAACUAAAUUUAAUUUAAUUCAUUAAAUCUAUAGCAACCUAUAAUGAUUUAAAAUUAAAUGAAAAUCAUUUAUACAGUAUACUUAUACACCAAGGAUUUGCUUGUGUUCGCUUACAGACUAUGGUUUUAAUGUUAUACAAGACCCCCAAGUGAAAAAUUGGCCUUACAAAUGUAGAACCUAUAUCUCGUAAAUGAUAUGUUCUCUUUAUGUGAAUUUGCUCAAAAGUUAAGAAAGAUGCUAGUUCUUACUCAUAAAGCUUUUUGACCAUUUUUAUCUCAUCUACUGUUGUCAUCACAAUUGUAGAUGGGAUUUAAUCAGGGCUAAAGACUAAAGAUUUUCAUGGUCGACUAACAGUCGUUAGAUAAAGCCAAUAGUCGACUAGUUGUUGCACGUCUAUUUUAUUAAUGUAAUUAUUUAACUAAAUAUAUAUCUAUACUUUAACAGCCGUUUGCUUAAUGCUAUUGGCAAACGCGGUAAGGAUUCAACUUUCUGAAUGUAAAGUUGCGCGGUUACAUUAUAACUUCCAACUGAAAAAAAACAAACACUCACGACGGAUGUCAUCGUCUCCGGAGUCAGAGUCCUGGUUGGAGCCACUGUAAAUCACCUCGCCUCUGUCAGUUUUAGAGGCUGUGAACCCGGUUCCGUCACUGGCUCUGGUUCUGGUGUUCAUUCUCCUAUGCUAGUUCUUAUGCUAGUAAACAAACUUCCUCCUGUCCUUCGAGCUCCCAGUCCUGGUAGAUACUGUGUUACAAGAGCAAAGGUCUGGGGUCGACUAAGACGGUUUAGUUAGUACACUUUUUUUAAAACUUAGCUACAUAUAUGCAUCUCCACUGGCCAGAUUACAAAUUUCCUGGGCUACAUGUAAAUCAAGGCUGGCUUUACUCCAGAACGUGGUAGAGAAAAGAAGGAUAGUUUGAACACUGUAGAAAUUUAGUUACGAGUUAGUGUUCCAUUAGCUAGCUAACUACUAUUCGUAAGCUUACACAAACAAGUGAAGGAAUCAUAUUUAGUGGUUUUGUCAGUCAAUCUCUAAUGCUUCUUGGGUGUAUUUAAAUAGCUUUUUGACACAUGAACUGACUGAGUGUAAAUAGUGUUUGCAUUCAAGACAUUUCCCAUCCAACAUGGGGCAGUUGUAAUACAUUUUAUACCCAUACUGCAAGCCAUUGUAACAGUACUGUAUGAAUUAUCCUUAUUACAAUUCUAAGUCAAUAGGUUCUUAUACAAAUAAUAUAAGCAUGUUUUUUUUGUUAGCUAAUUAUACUUAUCUUUUAAUAUGUUAACCACAAACUGUUAGAGAACUGAUUUUUUUUAAAGAUAAAGAAAUUAAUUCCAAAGAUUUGUUGGUGAAGGUGUCAGUAUGCUCAAAAUAAACUAGUGUGUGUCUAGUGUCAGCAAAGACAAAAGUGCUUGUGGCUGUUCCAAACAUCCAUGUCACAGAGACAAUGGACGCCAUUACACAGAGGACACGAAGAACAUGCAUGAAUUAAGAAAAGUUCCUAGUGUCAGCAAAAUUAGCCUUGUUUUCAGUUCUUACAGCUAUCGUCCCAUUGUGACUCCUACAGUUUUCAUAUGUAGUUUUGAUUUCAUACAGUGCCGCAAAGCAUGGUUAUCAUAUUUACAAUCUGAAGAUCUGCAACCAGUGUUGUCUUGCUUCAGUGUCUUUGGGUCAGAAAGCGUCAUAGCAGCUCUGUUUGUGUUGUCAGAAAGCUAUGGGUCUCUGGGGGAGGGAGUUGAGUGUACUGCUCAUUCUACUCCUUAGCUACAGCCCCUAAGGACAACACACACAGGCUCAACAUGCAAACGAAAAAUCCACACAUGUACAGACAGACCCCUUUAACUUAUUAACUUAUUGAUCAAUACGUUUAUUUAUUUAUUUAUUUAUUGACGAGACCUUUCUCUCACCUUAGUUUUUGUUUUCCAUGUCUGCACUCCCUCUUCCUCAUACCCCAUUUGAAAAAAAAAGGAAAGAAAAGAAAAUGACCAAAAAAUCGACUACACCUUGCCAGAUCACCAUCUACUACUGCCUUGUACACAGUUUCCUUAAAACGAGAAUGUAAAUAUGUGGCAUGAUCACCGCUGACCUCAGAACUGGCCUGCGUGUGAGUGAUCAUCUUUAAAAUAUCAUCAUAAAAAAAAGGUGCAUUAAUUUGGAUGUUAGGCUCCCUUGCAGAUUGUGAAACACACAUAUGUGCAGCUGUGUAACACACACACAGGCAGGCCUGAGGCAGAGCAGAUCAACAAAACACACACACACACACUGCUUAGUGAGAAUGUGUAUGAGGGGAGGAGUGGCAAGGAUGUGGGAUUCUGUAAAUGACUUGGGACAGGGGAGCCUCACAUCAUCUCAGUACUGUAAUGAGUCUUAUUAUGUACAUUUUGUUCAAGAUGACCCAGUUCCCUAAAGGCUACUCAGUGCUCGUAUGACUUUGGUCCUAUUAUUUGUAACUGCAAAUAUUUGAUUUUUCUUCUUUUUUUAAAAACAAACAAAUUUGAACAGUUACAUGCUCCAUGACUUGCUAAUAAUAAAUUAUUUUUAUUAAACAUGCUUGCAUUUAUCUUAGAACUGUAAAACCUCCUGUAAAAUAAAUUAAUUUAUUAAAAUAUAUAUGGGGAACACAAUAACAAAUGCAAUUGUACCACUGUACCUGAAGUGAGGCCUGUGAAUUUAAGAUUUCCAGUACUACAAUAAGCAUAUAUGCAACAUGAUGACUCUAAUUGGAGCCAUUUUAGAAGUCCCAUUCAUUGAGAGGCAUGUACAAUAUGCAUUCCAUUAUUUUUGACAUAAUGUUUUAGUUAUUUUAAAGCUGCAGUAGGUAACUUAUAAA